AUGCAUCCGUCCAACCGGAGGAGGCCGAACGCCGCUCUGCAAGCAGCGACGUUCACCUGCAGCCGGGCGGCCCGUUCUGCGGAGGAGGAACCGGUUCCCUCGAGGCCCCGGUUCCACCUGGACCUCUGGCUCGGCUUCACCGCACACAGCUGGAUCCUGGACGUGGGCCGGACCCUGCUCACGCUCGUCCUUCCAGAAGACUGGACCCCUCUGAACCGCCCGGGAGCUGCAGAGUACCUCCACUUCCUGUUCAACAUCAGCACCCCCCUGCUGCUGCUCAGAAUGCUUGAACGCACCCCCAGGGCGUUGCCCCCCACCGCCGUCCACCUCGGCAUCAUUGCCGUCGUCAUGGGGACCAGCCUCCACCUGACGGCGGACUCCGUCACCCGGCGGCUGCUUCUGAUUGGCUACCAGCUGCACCUGUCGGUCCGAGAGAACCCCGUGAUGAGGAGCCUGCAGCCGCCCUCGUUGAUCGAUGCCUUUGAGCUCCUGUGUUACUGCGACGAGACUCUGGGCCAUCUGAUGUGGUUUGUCCCUCUCUUCCUCGUCCUCUUCCUCUUCUUCGGUGGUUGUUUCCGUCACAGGAGACAGGAGGACAGGAUGCCGGCGGCGGCAUGGCUGCUGCUCGUCCCCAGCGCCGCGUACUACUGGUACCUGGUCACCGAGGGACAGACCUUCAUCCUCUUCAUCUUCACCUUCUUCGCCAUGACGGCCACGGUAAUGCGCCAGAGGAGGCGGGGCUUGGUUCCCGACGCCAACGGCCUCUUCAUGCUCUACAGUUUCUCUGCAGCUCUGGUCCUGGUGGCGGUCUGGGUGGCGUUUCUGUGGAGCGACGGCGUGCUGAGAAAGAAGCAUCCGGGACUCAUCUACGUCCCACAGCCUCGUGCCGUUUACACGCUGCACCUCCGUCAGGACCAGCCAGCACCCUCUGAUGUGGCCGGAGAACUGGACUUCUCCACCUUCCUGAACGUCAUGCACCUUCAGCUCCAGCAGGAGGCGCCUGAGCAGGAGAUCAUGGAGGCCAUGAAGGAGCCAUGA